GAGGUCGGAUGCCUAUAGGCAAGUCCGAGCUACUAGACAAAAUUCCGCUUUUGCUUUCCUUAGGACUUUGAGGAAACUCAUCAGUAAACUCGUAUUCCUCCUUCAUGCUGACAAGGGAUGAUUCAACUUAUGUUUUGGAGUGCAUUGAUUAAGGUUACAAUUCAAGAUUUCUUUUUGUCCGCACUCAAUGUUCCACAUUUGCACUAAAUUUCAAAACUCGAAGCACGAUACGGAUCUAGAAUUCGAAUUUUUCGGCUCAUGAUGCAGUUGCGUAAAAUUUGCGAUGCCGAACAACUGCAGCAACAGCGACAGGCGUAGGUGGGGUGUUUACGAACGUGUCAGAAGGUGCGGGUCAUGUGUUUUCCAACAACAAACAUGGCGUCCGUCAUAAAAGACACUGGUGAGAUUUGGACUAGGCUAUUUGAUCACCGACCAUUCGUUCAGGGCGAAGUUACUUUUUUUCUACGCGAAUUCCAGGACAAGAGAGAAGACAGAGAAGUAUUGAGACUUUUCAAAAUCCUUGAAUAUUCAACAGAACUUGGACAGAAUCAAUUGGAUCGAGCUGAGCAGCUUGGUGAUUGCCAUUUGCCAAGUUUGAAAGCAAAUGUUGAUGUUGCACUGAGUAUGUGUGAAUGUGUUCUUCAAAAAGAAGACGAAUUUGACAGUGAUAGCAAGUUACAAGAAAACAGAGAGGUGCGCAAAGCUGAGUGGGAAAGGUUCAUAAAUGAUAUGAGUGACAAGUGUUCAAGAGUUGACCAAGAAUUUCAAGACAAAGAGAAGGAACUGAGAGAAUUUUAUGCUGACCUGGAAAGAAAGCUUCAUAUAACGUCUUAAUUUCUGUUACUGCCUAAUAAUGCCAUUAGAAACUAUCGAGGAUCAUCACAUUAAAAUAAAACCAACUUCUAAGCUGAUAGAUUUCAUUGUUAAAGACAUCAAGAGUGCAAAGGAUUUACCAGAAAACAUUGGACUGUUGAAAAAUAGUCACCAGAACAAACGUCAUAGUUGUCUUCUAACAUUAAAUGACAUCAAGUGGCUUAAAUCAUAUGUAUUAGAGCAACGAGAUACAUCUAACAGUAAAGUUUAUAUUCACCAACUAUUAGAAGGUGUAGAUAUAAUAUUACCUGAGCCAAAAGUUACACCAAGAAAUCCAGAACUAGAAGCAAGAAUUAAGAAACUUCAAGCCCAGCAAGAUGCUAGGGAUUACCAGGCAAUGACCAAAGGUGUUGAUAAUUUUCGUAAACAUAUACCAGAGGAUACCAUUGCUUUCCAAAUGAAGCUCAUGAAUAAACAGCUGAUUGCUGUUGCACAAUUUGUGUUUUCUGUGAUGGCUGGUUUUGCAUUUGGUUUCAUUGGUGUGGAAUUAAUAGUUGGCAAUUUAGACUUUGGCUUCAGAUUGCUACUGGGGGUAAUAUGCUCUAUAGUUAUAGCCCUAGCAGAAAUUUACUUCUUAGCGAAGAAACUUAGUGAAGAUUAUGAGGAUACGCCUACAAGAUCUGUACCCAAGAAAUUACAUCAAGAAUAAUCAAGUUACAAUAAUUCUAAUAUGCAGUGCAUGUAUAAUACAUUUUCUUUAUACUUAAUGUACAUUGGUUUAUAAAAUUGAUAACUUCUGAAUAUGCAUUUUUUAAAA